AUGAACCCAAACGCAUCAGCAUUUGUUCCAAAGUUCUUGGUUAAGCCAGCAGCCACUAGCCCACCUGCUGCUGCACCAGUCCCUGUUGCUGCCCCAGCUCCAGUCGAGACUCCAGCACCAGCACCAGCACCAGCACCAGCACCAGUUGCCACACCAGCACCAGUUGUUGAGGAGGAGAAGCCAGUUACAACCACAACCACCACAACCUCUACUACAUCCACAACCAGUGUCACAUCACCAGAGCAGAGCAAGCCAACAGAGUCUGUGUUCAAGGUUGAGGAGGAAGAUAUCGAAGAUGAGGUCGACGAGAUCAGCAAGAAGCUCGAGGCACUCCCAAUCAUGGAGGUGUCCAACUUCAAGGAGGACCCAAGAGAGCACGUCAACAUCGUGUUCAUUGGUCACGUCGAUGCUGGUAAAUCAACAAUCUCUGGUAAUAUAAUGGUGUUGACAGGACAGAUCGAUAGCCAUACUUUGGCUAAAUACGAGCGAGAGGCAAAGGAUCACCACCGUGAGUCGUGGCUCUUUGCUUAUGUGAUGGACACGAACGAGGAGGAGAGAUCAAAGGGUAAGACCGUGGAGGUUGGUCGUGCUCACUUUGAGACCGAGAAGAAGCGAUACACCAUUCUCGACGCACCAGGCCACAAGAACUACGUGCCCAACAUGAUUUCCGGUGCGGCACAGGCCGACGUCGGUAUCCUGGUCGUGUCAUCCAAGAAGGGAGAGUUCGAGGCUGGUGUCGAGGGAGGCCAGACCAUCGAGCACGCACGUCUCGCCAAGAUGAUUGGCAUCAAGCAUCUGGUGGUGCUCGUCAACAAGAUGGACGAGCCAUCCGUCGCCUGGUCCAAGGAGCGUUACGACGAGAUCGUCACCAAGGUCACUGGCCAUCUCAAGAAGUGUGGCUUCAACCCCGCCAAGGACUUCCAAUUCGUUCCAGGCUCAGGCUUCACCAGCGCCAACAUCAAGGACACCGUCUCCAAGGAGAUCUGCCCAUGGAACACUGGACUCUCACUCAUCGGCACACUGGACGGGCUGCCGCACUUUGAGCGCAAUGAAACCGGCCCACUGCGUGUGCCCAUCAUCGAUUCGUUCAAGGACCGUGGUGUCGUCAACAUCAUGGGCAAGAUCGAGUCGGGUACAGUCACAGUCGGCCAGCAGGUCAUGAUCAUGCCCGGCAAGAACAAGGUGGAGGUCGUGUCGCUCUCCAACGAGACAUGCAACUUCAAGGUGGGCCACGCCGGUGAGAACCUGCGCAUCGGUCUGAAAGGCAUCGACGACGAGUUCAUCAGAACCGGCAGUAUCCUGUCCGACAUGAUCCGUCAGGUGCCCGUCGUCACCGAGAUCGAGGCCAUCGUCGUGCUGUUUGACCUGCCCAAGGAGAAGCAGCUGUUCACCGUCAACUACGAGGCAAUGUUCCACGCGCACACCGCCGUCGAGGAGUGCCAGAUCAAGUCUUUGAUCGCCACGAUCGACGUCAAGACCAACCAGGAGAUCAAGAAGAAGCCAACCUUUGCCAAGAAUGGCGAGUCUGUCAAGGUUCGUCUGGUCCUCAGCAGACCAGUCUGUCUGGAGGAGUUCACUUCAAGUCCACAAUUGGCAAGAUUCACUCUUCGUGAGUCAAACAAGACCAUUGCCUUUGGAAAGGUCGUCAAUGUUGGAAAGAAGGUCAAGGAAGCACUCGCAGUCAUUGCUGCUGGAUCAAAGUAA